AUGUUGAAUAAAGUAAAGACGAAUGAUGCAAGAGCAUGCACAGAAAGCUAUCUUGCAAAGUUAUACAUCAGUCAGCCAAUAUCUCUUCCAGAUGACAUCAGCAAAUAUGUUCUUAAUCCAAUAAAUGUCGAGGGAGAAAUCGCAUAUCUUGAGAAGUACAUAGAUGCAAGCGAUGCUGAUCUUACAAGAAUCAUUUUCAUCAUUGAGGUGCUUGGAAAGUGUGCCCGCAAGCAUUCCGAAUUUAGGACGUACAUGAAGGUCAUAACAAAAAUACUUGAAAAGUACAAAGAAUACCAGUACUCUAUAUUCUGCUUAAGAAUCAUUAAGCUGAUUGUAUCAUCAAGGUUCUACACGCCUAUCUCGUUCUAUCUGAUAAGGAUACUAAAAGAUGCAAUAUCCUCACGGAAUAUUGUUGCAUCUAACAAGAAAGUAGAUUACGAUUCAAUCAAGCCGAAUCAAGAGAGAACGAAGAGCGAAGAGCAUCAGAUGUUUGUGAUAACAGAGGUAAAUUCGCUCAUCAUCAUGCAUUUGUCCACAUUCUCAAAGAACAUUGGGUUUCCUGAGCUUUCUGCUCUAGUCAUCAAUGAGCUAAAGAAGCUAAAGAUUGGCAUAUACAGAGAAAUGAUUGAAAACAUAAUUGCCUGUAUUGCAAAGCAAAGAGAUCAUGUCAUUGAGAAGAGAAGUAAGCUUAAACUGAACGGAAUCGAUGGAAAAGCCAUUGCAUUGUUUGAAAGCACUGUUGAAAGAACACUACAGUAA